AGAGAAAAUGCUGCUACAUUUUCUACAGAGCAUUAAAAUAACGUUUAGCAUUUGUUUAUUGAUCAGAAAAGCAUAGUUUUAAAAAUGGUUGAUGCUUUCUGUGGCACAUGGAAACUGGUCAGCAGUGAGAACUUUGAUGAGUAUAUGAAAGCUCUAGGGAUUGGGUUUGCAACAAGACAAGUUGGAAAUGUGACUAAGCCGACCCUCAUCAUCUCGAAAGAGGGAGACAAAGUGGUCCAAAAAACACAGAGUACUUUCAAGAACACCGAGAUCUCAUUCAAACUGGGCGAGGAGUUUGACGAGACCACCGUAGAUGACCGACACUGUAAAUCGACUGUGGUGCUAGAUGGAGACCAGCUUGUUCAUGUGCAGAAGUGGGAUGGAAAAGAGACCUCCUUUGUCCGGGAGAUCAAGGACGGGAAGAUGGUGAUGAAACUCACCUUUGGGGACGUGGUGGCUGUGCGUACCUAUGAAAAAGCAUAAGUUUGGGGAGUAUUAUGAGGAUUUGUCCUUCUCCGUCACCAGUAACAUAUACCAUGUGCUCUGAUGCUUUACGGAAUGAAAAAAAAAAAAAGAAAAAAAAAAAGGAGAAAGAAACCGUUGCACUUAAUUCCUCCAAAUAUAGCCCAUUAAAGCAUUUACUACAAA